CUCUGAUCUUCAAUUAAGCAACGAGGUCCGAAGGGGCGUGGUAGAUGGCGAAUAUACCACGGCUAAGGGCUGUUCUUACACAUCAAGCAAUGCGAAGUUCCUGGAUACAGCAGUUCGCCAUAUACCACAAACCCCCGAGGUGCCUUAUAGCUAUUAUAAACUGGUUUACCAACAUCUUUAGAGCAGUAAAAAUACAUGUUUUGUCGUACCCCUGGUAUACAUUCUGAUAUACCACGGCUGUCAGCCAAUCAGCAUUCAGGGCUCGAACCACCCAGUUUAUAAUAAUAUAUACAGUCUGACCUCAUUGCUUUGGUCAGGUUAAGAAUAAUUAUUCAAUUAUUUAAAUUUGCUACUAGAAUGGAAUCACCCAGACAAUGUACAGUUCCAUUCCACAAGCUGAGCCCAUUUUUUAUGUAUCACUGCAUUAAAGAUCCAGACCUCUUAGCAAAUAUAGCUAUGCUCGUUUACAACAGGGAGUUUGCAAUGCUGCACAAUCCAACGCCAAUACAAACAGGGCUACUUCCAACAAAGGCAGCGGGAUUAUCCCCCACCUUCGCCACUAGUGUAGCAAUUAAGGGGCAAAUAGAAUUCGGAAUAGCCAGAAUUGGGUUUGAACCAGCUACACUGCUGUUAUGAGCCAAGCACACCACCAGGGCGCCCAAGACCAGACCUCUUUACAGAGAAAACGGUAGCCUACGCUCACACACAGGGAGGCUAAACUGCGACUAUGAGAUCCAAAAGUAUGAUUUCAGUAUAUAACCAAUUAACAUAAACUCAAUUAGUAAUACAAAUAUUCUGACAAAAGCGGGGAGUAUUUUAGAGUUCAGCACAUUCAGUAGGUGGUGACACAUCUCCUUCAUCUAGACGUGUAGAAAUAGGACACGGACAAUAGAAACAGUGAUAAAAUUGGAAGAGCUCAGGCCAGAAAGUGCUGGUAAUCUUGUCUGGUUUUUCUUGCAAAUACUUUAAAAGUUUUAUUACCAAUAUUUGUAUAUAUUUUUCAUUCUGAUUUAUUUGCCGCACGAAGUAUAUAAUAAAAGCCAACGUAUGUGGCCUAUCUAUUGUUUAAAUUGCAUUUCCUGUACUGUGAGUGCCUUUGAUCCUGUGCCUUUAAUACAGAGGGCAGUGACGCUCUGUAUCCUGCGAGGAGACUGGGAUACUGCCGCAUCCAAAUGAACCUUGCCUCUCUCUCUGCGGUCGCUAAUAGCAAAACAAAGGAGAACAAAUCGUUAGUUGCAGAAAAAAACGAAUAUCCAGUCAUAUCAUGACGGAGAACACUAAAACGCACGUUAUAUUGCUGUCAUGUGGAAGUUUUAACCCCAUCACUAAAGGACACAUUCAUAUGUUUGAGAAAGCCAAAGAAUACCUGCACAAAACAGGGAAGUUCAUUGUGAUUGGGGGCAUCAUCUCUCCUGUACAUGACUCCUAUGGCAAACCGGGUCUGGUCCCCAGCAGACAUCGUCUCACCAUGUGUCAACUGGCAGUCCAGUCCUCUGACUGGAUCAGAGUGGAUCCCUGGGAGUGCUACCAGGACACAUGGCAGACUACGUGCAGCGUGCUGGAGCAUCAUCGUGACCUCAUGAAGAGAGUCACAGGGUGUAUUCUAUCCAAUGUGAACACACCGUCCACAACUCCAGUGAUCGGCCAACCACAGAAUAAGACUCAGACUGCCAUCUAUCAGAACCACAACACAGUGAACAACAAGCCCACUGCCAUUAAGCUGUGGGGGAAGAUGAGUGAGAGCUUGGGUAAAAUUUGCUGUGUUCGCCCCCACAUGGACCGUUUCACCUUUGUAGAUGAAAAUGCCAACCUUGGUACUGCAAUGCGAUAUGAGGAAAUUGAGUUGCGCAUCUUGCUCCUAUGUGGCAGUGAUCUUCUGGAGUCAUUCUGCAUCCCUGGCCUAUGGAAAGACAGUGAUAUGGAGGUGAUUGUGGGAGACUUUGGGAUUGUUGUUGUGCCUCGGGACGGAGUUGAUACAGAAAGGAUAAUGAACCAUUCCUCGGUGCUGCGCAAGUACAAGGAUAACAUCACUGUCGUAAAAGAUGAUGCCAACCACCCUAUGUCCAUUGUCAGUUCAACCAAGAGCAGACUGGCCCUGCAGCAUGGUGACGGCCAUGUAGUGGACUACCUGAACCAGCCAGUCAUCGACUACAUCCUACAGAGUCAGCUCUACAUCAAUGCUUCUGGAUAGGAACUACUGCUUUGGCCUGUUGGCAUAUUGUCCCUGUCUGUCUUUCAUGUGAAACGUAUACUCCUCUUGAGCUACUGCUUUUCCAUUUAAAGAUAUCCAUAUCCCUUCUUACUGUAUCAUGGUGACUCAUCUGACCUGUGGAUGUACAGCGAGGUGCCUGAGAGCUGUGUGUAUGUGUGGACCACCUUCACAACUGACCUUGUGUAGGCUGCGCCGGCCGGGCGGGAUAGAGAGGGGGGAUGGGGUUUUGGGACGUGUCCCAAAUAGCAUAACCUUCCCUAUUGUGCACUACAUUUGACCCGGUCAACAAUAGUGCACUUUAUAGGGAAUAGGGUGCCAUUUGGGAUGCGCACUUGGUGUCAUUAAGAGAGGGUGCAGAGAUGGUAACCUAUUGAAUUUGGGCCUUUGCUGUUGAUUUCAAAUCUGUAUGUUUUUAGACUGCAUGCUUAGAAUGUUUCUGUUUUGGCAUGAGUACUUACUCACUUUGUAGAUAGAUGUUGUGAAAGUGUUUGCAAAAAAACGAACAUAUAGUGGGUACCCACCUCUCACUUAAUUUUCUGUUCACUCCAAGUCUACUUUAUGUACAGUAUCUGUAUUAAUGUACCUGCGACUGCACAUCAAUGCCUAAAUGUUUGGUUUUCAGUGGGCAUUGAUGCAAGAUGUACAUCUGUUUGCACAUGAUUUGAACGUUCAUUUAUUUUUGUGUGCAAAGGAUUUUUACACGUUUCUUCUGCUUGCCACCGAGAAAAUGACCAGGCCUCCAAAAAACAAAUGCAAUGAACCUGUUUCUUACUGUGUGCUAUGUAGCUAGAUUCUUUUACAUAUAGAGGAAAAAACAACAGCACAAACUAUAGAAGUGCAUUUCAUGUGCCCUGGGGAUGAGUUCACAAAUGCAAGUCUCUCACUCUCCUUGCACAUAACACUCUGUCAUAAUAACAUCAAUCUGAAAUAAAUGUGUUCUAAUGUUGUACUGCAAAGGACGUGGGGAUAUAGCCUUUGAUCAGUAGUUUCUUACUGAAACUCCUCAUGGUCAGGGCCAAGACACUUUUGACAGGGUAUUUUAAUGAACAUUGUAUGUAACCAUUGAUUUAGUCAGUCUUACUGCAAGGAAGGGUAUAAAUAGGUGGGCACAUUUUGGUUUAAUAAGUGUCUUUAAUUGUGACCAAAGCAUCUUGCAUACGUAUUUACAGUAGCUUUAUGUGUGUCCAUUUGGCUAAGAUUAUUAGGUUAUUCAAUUUUAAUAGCCGAUGAAGCAAAAGUCAAAUGCAUUCCACUAUUUCCGGAAAUCUCCUGGUUCAUGAUUUGAAAGAAAUAGACAUACAAGUGCUAGUUGUCCAUGUAGUAAUCAGGUUCUCCAGCCCUGUGGAGAACAUAGAAGUCUGACUUGACGCAAGAAUAUCAAUAGACGAUUUUCAAGUCGUGUCGAAAGUCAUAUUUAAUUGGAUCUGGAAUGGCCAGAAAACAUUAAAACGGGCAUAUUUAUAAAACAAACAUGAGUUGGAGGGUUAAAAUGAUUUAAUAUUAAGGUAUUAAACCUCUCACUUAAAGACUCCAUUAUAUCAAAAUUAUAUCUCUAUCCAAAAUGGUUUUUGAGUAGGCUACUAAGAGAGGCACAUCCAAUGUUCAAAAGCGGGCUCUUUGCCAUUAAAACAAACCAUUUGACAAUCAAAUCAAAUGUUAUUGGUCUCAUACACAUGGUUAGCAGAUGUUAAUGCGAGUGUAGCGAAAUGCUUGUAAAUGGAACCCUGUUUAAAGCCAUACAGAAUUGGUUACAAUUCCAAUUUCAUCCUCCAGAAGAUGCGUAACAAAUAUUACAGAAAAUAAUAUGGCUAAACUCCAAUGUACUGAUAGAGGAAAGGAACAUUGUUUUGGAGAAAAUGUACAAGGAAGGUAUCGUGUUUAUGAAUGACAUUGUAAAUAAGGACAGUCAAAUGUUGUCACACAAGCAAUUAACAAAGGUCUAUGGAGAUGUGGGCGCAAUAUAAAAGUAUAACCAAAUUGCAGCUCACACAAAAAAAAUAGAUGGAGCAAUUACUCAUAAGAGAAAAGGAUAAAUUAGUUUGUUUGCCGCCAAUCAAAAACCAUGCAUGGCUUAAAAUGACUAGUGUAAAUCGUAAAAUGUAUAUCCGUUUUAUUUAAGCUUGAGAGGUUUGACAACUAUACCGCAUAGAAUUCAAGAUAGUUGGGAACAGAUUUUUGAUGUUUCAAUAUCACGGCAUCGGGUUUAUGAACUGAUAUAUAUAACAACACUUGACACGUGUUCUUUUCCAUUUAAACUAUUAUAUAAAAUUCUUGGCACAAAAAGAAUGUUCACUAUAAGGGGCAUUGAACAGUCAGCCUUGUGCAGACUGCAACCAAGAAAUAGAAUCAAUAGAUCAUUUAUUUUUGCGCUGUGCUUCGCUGGCUCGCUUUUGGAGUCAGGUCCAGGAGUGUUUGCUGAGUCAUAAUGUCUGUGUUCAGAUGGACCUACAAACAGUACUGUUCAAAGAUCUGAUAGACCACAAUCAAUCAAUGGGAAAUAUGAUUAUAUGCUUAGCUGAAGUAUUUCAUUUGAGGGCAAUCGUGGUAGAAAUGGUACAAAUAGAGAGGUUCAAGACUCUUAGUAAGACAUCACAGUAAAAUAGAAGGAUGUAUUGCAAAAGGAAAUAGUCAAAUGGUAGUGUACUGGGAAAGACGGGCUAGUCUGUGGAGAUCUGAGGGGUGGAAUAUAGAUCAGAAGGACUGGUUGAUUUGAGAAUGAACUUAGAGUCCAGUACAAACAGCAGGAGGCUAUAGAAAGGAUGCAAGUAAUGUUAUUUUAUAGACUAAUCUAUCUGCUAGUUUCAUAGCUGAUUACAAAACAUACUGUCAGUAGUACACUGUGUAAGAUGCUCCAGACUCACAACACUGCUUCUUUAUGUGUGCUCAAAAUGUAAUACUUUAUGUACAAACUGAACUGGGUCCCAAUAUCCCUUCAAGUCGAUGGUCUUUAUUCAUGCAUCCCUUGAGUCUUUCUAUCAAACAUCUCUGCAGGAUACGCCUUACAUACACAGCAUCAGUUACUUUGUGUUCUUCAAAGACUGGUUUAGAUAAACUAGAUGUAGUGGGAAAUCUGAUAUGAAAAAUAAGCAUCGUCGUGGUCCUAGUUAAUAUGGACCGAUUUUACUGUACUAUAGUCUCAGAGAAGGUUUCAUAGAACCUGCGGCUUUAAUUCGAGCUGAGUGGGUUUAGAUGACUUAUAGAUAUAAUAUCAAGAGAUGUUUGAUUUUAUUCUGUUCAUUGAUUUAUUUGGAUAGGAGUCCUGAAAAUGAUUUUUGGGGGAAUCCUAUGUAAUAUGCGCUGGGUUAGAAAUGAUUUGUAUUUUCUCGUCUUCAACUGUGGACUGACACAAUAUAACAUCUACUCUGAGUUUAUUAAUACCUCCAUAAUAAACCAAGUGUGUAACAAUAUAUAUAUUAUAGUUGCUUACAUUGUUAG